CCGACGUGUUAGAACACGGAAAUACAGACGGUCAACGAAAAGAAGAAAAUAUGGAAGACAGAACUGAUACUGUCUCACAAAGCGGUAAUUUGCCAGAGAAGGCCGGACAGAGUGACAUGCAACUCGGCAACGUUGGAUCUGGGGCAGAGGUAACUGGCGUUGAAGCAGACGACGUUCAAAGUGAGGAACAGAGAAAGCGUGACAAGGACCCACUAAGGUUUUGCGUACUCAUAGUAAAACGCCCUCUUGUUGUGUUCUUUGUCUGCUUGUUCAUGCACAUUUCGUUCCUCUUGGCGACUGGGGCAUUGUUACAAUUUGGAUUUGACAUAUUCCCCAUAUCAUUCACAAGCCUGCCUCUCGAGAUACGCGACAACGUAGAUUUACUAAGAAGGUAUGCCUGGAGCGGCCGUGACGAUGACGCUGUGGUGCCUAUAAUCUCAAGGAGUGGUGGUGCUGCUUCCACUAAUGUCAGUGAACGCACGGAGACGGGAGAUACUAUAACGUUAUAUUAUGAACAGAUAGGAGGGAACGUAUUUACAAAGGCCAAACUGCUUAAAAUCAAGGAAACCGAAGAGCUCUUUCUGAAUAAUUCCAUUUAUCAAAGCACUCACUGUAAACUUGAUGACACGGGGAACUGUACAGCUUCAUUUUCAGUUCUACGAUAUUUUGAUGGGACAUAUGAAGCUCUUGAUCCGGUAUUUCUGGAUCCAAACUUUAAUAAUAUUCCGGCAGUUUUGGAGAAGGCUCUCACCCAUACCGCAACGAAGUCAGUAUUCCCACUUUUGCUAGGAAAGAACUACAAUAUAAACAGUUCUUUAAACAUUGCCACGUCAGAAAUCACUCGCUCGUUUAUAUACAUUGGUCUCCCCUUGCCAGGGUAUGCCAACUCCAGUGACAAAGCAACAGAACAAAAUAGAGUAAUUCAGAAAUUUCUCAGUGAUGAAUUUUUUCGGGACGUAGAGAGACUUUACGCCAAUGGGAUCGACGGAAUGGACUUCUUUUACUACAGCUCUUCGUUCUUUGAAGUUUUCUUGAAUCGCCAAGUUAUUGUGGAUAUGUUACUUGCGAUCGGAAGCAUGGCGUUCAUUUUCAUUGUGGUCUGGGUUCAAACUGGCUCUCUUUGGAUCACUGGCUGGGCGAUUUUAAGCAUUAUUACCGGUUUUACUUGUGCGAAUAUGGUGUACCGUAUUAUAGUCGACUUUAGAUAUUUCGGAGUGUUCCACGUUCUGGCAAUAUUCAUUAUCCUUGGCAUCGGAGCAGACGAUGUUUUCAUUUUCUUUGACACUUGGAAAGCGUCGGGACACCACCAGUAUUUGAGCCUCGCCCAUCGCCUCUCGGACUGCUACCGAAGAGCGUCGGCCGCCAUGUUUUUUACGUCGCUCACGACCGCCUGUGCCUUUAUAAUUAGCGGAACGUCACCACUGCUCGGGGUUUCAUCCUUCGGCGUGUUCAGCGGGAUAUUAGUCUUAGUGAACUACCUGUCGGUCAUCACUUUUCUCCCGGCCGUUGUGAUGGUUUAUCACGUGUAUUGGGAGAAAAAGAUAUGCUGCUGCUGCGGAACGAAAACACCAACUGUUGCACGCCCAAAUCAGGUCGCCGCUUUGGGGGAUGGCCCACAGGAAUUACCGCAAGCUAGCGACAAACGUCAGAAUCCAGUAGUGAGAUUUUUCAGGGGUCCAUACUUUAGGUUUAUAAGCCAUAAAGUCUGGCGAUGGAUCAUUCUCCUGGUGAUGUUGGGUAUCAUUGCUACGUUUGGUUACUUUGCAACGCAGAUCAAAGUAAACGAAGAGGAGAUCAAGUUCCUGCCAGAUUCGUCCAACUUUGGCAAGGUGAUAGACCGUUCAUCGAAUGCCUUUGCUCCUAGUGACGUCGACGACAAGAUGGUCGUCAACGUUAUCUGGGGUCUGCAACCUCAGGAUCUUAAAUCGUGCCAUUUCUCGGAUUCUGAAUGCGAUGGAAAGACUGUCUGGGAUGAUGCCUUUGACUUGAACUCUGCACAAGCACAACUUGCACUUCAAGCACUUUGUGGAGAAGUAAGAAACAACAGCGUCGCACUAAAGAUUCGCACAGAUUCUAAUGGACAACUAGAACUUGGUUGUUUUCUGGAAGAAUUGGUGGCUUUUCUCAAGGCUGAAGAGAAUGCAACUAAUCCUUUGACAAGCCUGCCAAAGUAUCCUGCUGGCACUACAUUCGAUCUCCCGUACAAUCAAACGAAUAUUGGCGUUCUUAUGCAGUAUAACCCACACAUGUAUAAUACCACGGCGUUGGGAUCUGGAUUCAGUAGAUAUUUUGAGAUUGCGCUGCAUUACUGGAUAUAUAGCAGUGUGCUCCAGCCUUCUGCGGCAACAGCGAGUGUUUACAAAAUAUGGAAUGGUAGACUGGGCGAAUCUACAACCAACCUCACACAGACGAAGUCUAUAGGUGGCAGAGAUAUUAAAUACGGCAACCGGUUGAGGUACGCCGCAGCAAUCUACGCCAAUUUAUCAUUGUCCGGAAGUAGCCUGGGUUACAUCGAAGGUCUCCCGGUUAGGAAUAAGUGGGAAGAAGUGAUAUCCAACCAGGUGAAAACAAUGCCUUCCUCAGUGCAAGGUGGUUUUCAAAACACUAGAACCUGGCACUGGCUGGCGGUCCAAGAGUUACUGAACAACCAGGCACUUUUGGGUAUUGUUAUUGGUGUUGCAAUAGCAUAUCCCAUUCUGAUCGUCGCGACCAUGAAUAUCAUCACCGGAACCUUAGCUGUUCUCACCAUCUGUUUUAUCACAGCCUCAGUAGUGGGCACAGUGCCUGUUGUUGGAUGGAAACUAGGGGUUUUAGAAUCUCUCAACUUCGUGUUAGUCGUUGGCCUUGCAGUGGACUAUGUUGUGCAUUUGGCGGAGGGAUAUAGCCGUUCAAUGAAGCGUGAUCGUCUGGGACGUGUCAAGGACAUGUUGGAGGAGGUCGGGAUAUCCGUUUUAUCCGGCGCCAUCACAACCUUGGGGGCCUCGAUCUUUCUGCUAUUUGCCUUUAUUACAUUUUUUCAACAGUUUGCCAUAUUCAUAUUUUCUACGAUAGGGUUUUCCAUCGUUUACGCACUGGGGUUCUUUAGUACGGUUCUAGCCUUGAUUGGACCCCAAGAGGAUUUCGGAUCCCUAAAACCUCUUUGGCGUUGGGUUACUAACAAAUGUAGUGGGAAGACUGGGAAGGCCAACAUUUCAGAAAAACCUCCGAUAAAUUCAUUGAGUAAUGAUGUUGUAGAAAAUGAUAUCUUAUAAGUAUUAAAUAAGUGUGGGUGCUUGUCCAAAAGACAGUAUUAGGCCUAUAUAAGGGCGUAGUUUUUCUCAUAUAAACAGUAUUUCAUUUAGAUGUUUAAAAAGUGAAUGCUCAACAGAACACGGUUUGUUAAAGCAUUGAAAGGAAAGUAAACUGGCUAAAUGAAUUUCAUUAGAAGUGAAAGCUGUACUUAUUUAGGAGUAUUUUUAUUUUUCUCUGAUGCAGUUUGCUUUUCAGUGUGGAUUUCGAGUCACAAGAUACAAUUCAGGAAUUGCUUAAGUUUGAUGUAAAUACAUCUGCUCCCUAAAACAGCCUUUCAGUGAUAACAUAGAUGUCUCUCUAUAAGACGUUAUUUUGCAAAAAUUGUAAUACACACAUAUAUAUUAAAGGGAUAAGAACUGUUCGUGUGAGAUUCAUUUUCAAAAUAAUAAGAUUGUAAAAAAAUGAAGUCAGAGAUAUUAGGCCUAUAUAGUAAACUUCAUUUUACCACCAAAACAGCGGUUAUCGCAAUUAUUCUGGAAUCUGUGCUUGCCAUCAGACCACUGACCUUUAUUGAGGGUAAUGCCCCCUUAAUUAUCUGUUAAG